GUAUUAUAUGUUUGURCUUGUCUGAGGUGGUGAUGCUGACUGAUUUAGUAAUGUGACAGAUCUGGGAGGCCUCCAGGGGAGCCCUUCUCUUCUCUUUUCUCUCCGCGAUGUUCAUAUCACAAGCGGUGUGYAGCUCCAGACUGAGCUUGGCACGUCCCCGACAAUAACGCACUUCAUCUCGGACUCCGCGCCUCGGACCUGAGGGUACCAGUAACUUCCCAGGGUGCUAUUCGGACAUGCUACCUCACCAGAAAACUGCAGAMUUCAGACGGGUAUGAUUUGGAUUUGGAAAUGCGAUCUUGUGGCCACUUAAAUCUUUUACAAUCUAUACAAUCUUCAGAGAGGCAGUGCCGAGAUUCAAGGAUAMUUCCUUCACAGGGUUAGGAAAGAAACGUUGCUGAACUUCCCUUUGGCGCAAUUCUGCAAUAAUACGAAAUACUCUGAGACCACGUUGAAUUCUGAGAAGCACCUGACAAUUGCCUAGUGCACUUUAUCUAAUUGGAUGAGGGUUUGACAACUAUUGAAUGACGCUGUCAAAUAACAAUGUUUCAAACUUGUGAAUUGAGGUUUGGCGUUGGUUCUGUCGUCUCCGAUUUGGUAGCCUAAACAUCAAUGGAUACAUCAAUUUGGAAUACAAGCCCCUAUUGUCGCGUGUUUUAGGAUACACAAUGCUAGUACUACUAUUGAGAUUACUGUGCUUUUCACWUUGUAGCGAGGUUGUUUUCACUCACAUACACCGGGAGAAGACAAAGACAAAUGUUACUCCUAGACAUGAUGCCGUCACUAACUGGAACGUAAACAAAACCAAUAGUAGGCAGAGCUGGCACUCGGCGUAUGGCAGAGUUGUCAAAGAAAUGGACAGUAAAAGGGUGCACACCUCAAGUGCAUCGUCUUGGGAUGUGGUUAGGACAUGGGUGGAUAACAUGAAUGGGACUGUUAAUAUGGAAAGAGUUAUGAAUGAAAGAGCAAUAGUGCGCAAAAGCCAUUCAUCAAAUGGAACCGAUUAUGUUACGUUACUCGAGGAUGGAAAGUCAGAGAGCCUCAAGGUGGACAAGUUGGACACCGAGAAGCAUGCAACCAUGGAAACGCGGGAUUUUGUAUAUGGUMAUUUAAACCCCUCCAUGAGACACACGCGAGGAGGACACCACCGUAACGAGCACAAACGGAUCAGCAGACACAAAAGAGGGACUGUAAGCCGUCGGAGAAGAAAUGUGAAGGAUGGCAGUAAAAAAGAGAACAAAAUAAGUGAGCCAACCAUGCUGUCAGAUGCGUCUUUGGAUGUACUGUUGGCCAUGUGGAAACCGCUGCCUAAACCUAUGGCCCAGAACCAGUCAACAGACUUGCCAUUUGAUGCCAGUGAUUAUGAACAGUUCACUUUGGCAGACCUCCAGGACUAUACCACAAUGAUUCCUCUCAAUCCUCAAACAAAGAGAAAAUAUGUAAUAAAAACGAACUUUUACCCCAUAACAGCAGAAUCAUAUGCCAUCAUGAUCAUUUCAGUCAUCAUUUUCACUGUUGGAAUAAUUGGGAAUAUGGCAAUCAUGUGCAUUGUGUGCCACAACUACUACAUGAGAAGUAUUUCAAAUUCUCUUCUUGCCAAUCUCGCCCUUUGGGAUUUUGUUGUCAUCUUUUUCUGCCUGCCGCUGGUGAUAUUCCAUGAACUAACCAAGAACUGGUUGUUGGGGGAGUUCUCCUGUAAAAUCAUCCCCUAUAUUGAGGUCGCCUCCCUAGGGGUUACCACCUUUACCCUGUGCGCCUUGUGCAUCGACCGCUUCCGCGCUGCCAACAACGUCCAGAUGUACUAUGAGAUGAUUGAGAACUGUGCCUCCACGGCCGCCAAGCUGGCCGUUAUCUGGAUCGGGGCUCUCCUAUUGGCCCUGCCAGAGCUCCUGAUCCGCCAGCUGGUCACUGAAGAUGGCGAGCCUCCGGAUGUGACGCCCUGCCAGCGCUGCGUGGUUCGUAUCUCCACCGAGCUCCCUGACACGCUCUACGUACUGGGCCUGACCUAUGAUGGUGCUCGCCUCUGGUGGUACUUUGGCUGCUACUUCUGCCUGCCCACGCUGUUCACCAUCGGCAGCUCCCUGGUGACCGCCUGUAAGAUCCGGCAGGCCGAGCGGGCCUGUGUGCGUGGCAACAAGAAACAGAUCCAYCAGGAGAGCCAGAUGAACUGCACAGUUGUGGCUUUGGCCAUCCUCUAUGGCUUCUGCAUCAUCCCAGAGAACAUCUGCAACAUCGUCACUGUCUACAUGGCGGCGGGAAUUCCCAGACGGACCCUGGACAUUCUCCAUCUGGUCAGCCAGCURCUGUUGUUCUGUAAGUCGGCAGUGACACCUGUCCUGCUGUUCUGCCUGUGCCAGCCCUUCAGCCGGGCCUUCCUGGACUGCUGCUGCUGCUGCUGUGACGAGUGUGGCCCGACCAGAUCUUCCACCACCGCCACCACCAGCGAGGAGAACGAGCACGAGUGCACCACCAYCGACCUGGAGCUGUCGCCCUUCAGCACCAUCCACAGGGAGGCAUCCUCCUCCUACACCACUGCAGCGACCCACUGCUAAGAAGGGUCAAAAGGUCAUGACCUCCAUCAGAUGUUACAACUGCCCUGUGAAGAGGUCAAGAGAUCGGACUGUAAACCUAUUGGGCUGAUUUCCCGCACUCKGAUUAAAUUUACUCCAUUGAGAAUGCUUGCUAGUCUGGGGAUAGGCUUAAUCUGAGUCUGGGAGACCCUUACAGUUAGGAUUAGUAAAUGUUUUAUUCCCAACAAGUUAGAGUUUAGAGGACACACCCUAUUCUAAAUGUUCACUUCAUUUCCUGAAUUUACUUUGAAUUUAAUUGAUGUAAACUCUGGUGAACAUAUGUCUCGGUUUACUCAAGUUGUGUGUGUAUAUAYAGUUGAAGUCGGAAGUUUACAUACACUUAGGUUGGAGUCAUUAAAUCUUGUUUUUCC